AUGGCAUCGAAUAACACCCACGGUAACGACGAAUAUGCGCUCAACAAGCUCGAUGAUCUCACUUGGUUGCCGCGUGAUUGGCAGCCCUCCGCUGGCUUGGGUGAUACCUUGCGUGUGCCUGAAACCUCCAGCGCGCAGCCGGAUUCGAUGCGCUCCAGCUCCCCCGGCCUCUCGGACAGUGUGCCUGGGGCCCAAGGCGAGCAGGACGAUAACAAUAUGGAAGACAUCAUUAUUACAAACCAUGAGAGGGAUCGCGUGAAACGGCGACUUCGAGGAAUCCAUGUCUUUAUGAUUACUCUCAGUGGAGUUCUUGGAGCGGGCCUAUACAUACGGAGUGGUACAGUUCUGCGCAUUGGAGGGCCGGGCGCUGUGCUGAUUGCAUUUACGGCGAUGGGACUCCUUGCUUGGACAGUCAUGCAAUGUCUGGGCGAAUUGCUUGCGCUGUGGCCCAUCUCUGGUGCGCUGGUCGAGUUCGUGGCCAAGUUCGUCGAUGAGGAUCUGGGAACCGCCGUUGGAAUCGCGUACUGGUUCACGUACUCAAUCAAUUUUGCCGCCUUGAUUGUCGCCGCCGCUGGAGUGCUUGACUUCUGGGAUCCUGGCAAAGCGAUUCAGGGGACAAUCAUGUUUUUCGUGGUGCCGCUGUUCCUUGUCCUUUUGAAUAGCUUUGGCGUGCAGGUAAUGCAACUGAUUCUGCAAUUCGUUGAUGUUUGGCUAAUGAGCCAGAUCUAUGGGUUAACGGAGGUCAUUGGCGGCUCGAUCAAGAUCUUGGGAGUAUUGGUUGUGAUCUCGUGUAUGAUCACUAUUAACGUAGGGGGUAUAGCUGGAGAGGGAGGGCAUAUUGGUACUUUUACUCCUGAACUUGUCCAGGAAGUGCUGCAGAUUAACGGGAACAGUUACGCCUUUUCGAUCGCUGCUUUCGCCUAUGUUGGCGUCGAUAUCACGGCAGCAACCGCUCUCGAAGCACGCCCAGAUAAACGUCACUCUCGAGACACGGCGGCAGAUGUGCUUAAGGGCCGUUGGCCCUAUAUUUCGGUCCGCUUCGUCGCCACGUGGACCAGUUUCCUGGUAUGGAUAAUAUACUUCAUUGCUGGAUUCCUCAUGAGUCUGAAUGUGGAAUGGAACGACGAGAACCUCCCGCGACUGUCUUGGCUAGGAUCGCCCAGCGACAAAGGGGGCAAAUUCAAGACGGACUCUGGUUUCGUAAUCAGUGCAGUGAUGUCUGGGAUUCCCGGGCUGGCAGACAUGAUCACGGCCAUCAUCUUCGUCACUGCUGUGUUCUCGGCGAACACCAACCUCUACGUUGCGUCUCGGACACUGUUCGGCUUGACGCGAAGGAUACAAGGCGAUGGGUGGCGCUUUUUUGCGUUCUUCGGAAAAACGAAUAACUACCAGGUUCCUGUUCGUGCGAUGCUCCUCUCUCUGGUUUUCAUGUGGGUGCCGUUUCUGUACUUAUCGCCGCAUAACUCGGCAGAUACCACGAUAUCCAGCCUGCUCGAAGUUUUGUCGCAGAUGGGCUCUGUCAGCUGCAUUAUAGUCUGGGCGUGCGAAUGUUGGGCCUUCAUCCGUUUCUACAAUUGUUUGUACCGUCACAGAGAUGAACUCAAUGCAUCCCCUCAGUUCGCCCGCCUCCGCCGAUUUCCAAGCCAAGGCAGUGAAGAUCUGUAUCCAUGGCGCUCGCACGGCCAGCCGGUUACGAUGUAUCUUGCAUUAUUCGGGUGUGUGUUCAUCCUGGCCGUUGCGGACGGCGCAGCACUGUGGCACAACUGGGUCACACCGCGCUUCCUGUCUGCCUAUUUAUCGAUUCUCUGCUUCAUCCCGCUCUGGCUAGGAAUCAAGUAUUAUAACAAUUGGGGAAGUGUUCAAUGGCGACUGGAAGACCUGUCUAAUUUUGCCUUGGUUAGGAGGAAGCUUGAAGAGCUAGAUGAGAUCCAUGACUUGGCUACAUCGAAAGACGAUGAAGUGCAGGAGAAGGGAUGGGGAAAUUUAUGGGGGUUUAUGUAG